AUGCGCAAACUGGCACCACUAGCUUCUUCAACCCUGGCGCCGUCACCUGUUUUCACAUUUGCAGCAGCUGCCGCGUUCCCUUCACCAAAUUCCACAUCUAUCACCUCGUCAUCUACUCGGUGGGUACGAAGGCUGCAUCUCAGACAAAGAUACUAUAGAGAGCUAAAUUUGUUAUUUAAUCGAAUGGUACAAGCUGGAGUGAAUAACAGCAACGAUAGUAGUAGUAGUCAAGAUACUAAUGAUAACGUUUCUUCGACAACCUCUACAACAACGCAAAGAAACACACAGUUUCAAGACAAUGAACAAAAUAUACGUUCACGAAGUAAAGCAGUCUGUAAAUUAAAUUGUACAUAUUGUAAUUCAAGAGUGUGUGUGAGGGGAAUGAAGGCUAUGCUUCUUGCUGAUACAAGAGUCGAGCUUUAUUCUACAGAUGUACCGCCAUUAUCUGGAAAUGUUCUUGGAUAUCAUAUCACUCAACCAUGUCAACAAUGUAUGGAUGCAUGUAAUAAUGGACACCUCUGGAUGUUUCACACUGAGGAAGUCACGAGUGAAGAACGACUGGACUUUAAUGGAAAUACAGUACUAUUAUGGACACAUCUGUCUCAAGCAGAAGAUGAUGUUGCGAUUGUGAAUGUGGAAGAAGAUGAAUAUGAACAUUGCUGCCGAUGA